UUAAAACUAAUAUAAGUCUAAAGUUUUAAAGAUAAAAAGUAUAAAUAUUUUAGUUGUAUAAUUAAAUUUUAUCUUUAAUGUUUAAUAAUUAUUGUUGUGGAGUCAAAUUUAUCUUUUCAAUGGGAUCAAAUACAAAUUUUACUUGAACAAAACAAUUUUUUUUGUAUAGUGUAGCCUGGAUAAAUAUUUUUUUUGGUCAAAGCUUGGAUAAAUAUAUAAAUGAAUAUUAUCUCAACCUUAUAUAGACAAAUUGAAUUGUAUUGCGCUUUACAAAUAUUCCAAAACUAGUUGCAAACGUACAAUGAAUGAAUGAAAACUGCUUAUGUUUCAGUUUGCUUCUUUUUUUUUUUGUUUUUGAGCAUCAGAUGUUUCAGUUUUUGCAUUUUCUAAAUUUUCAAGCUUCACAUUAUUAUUUUUCAUAAUUACAUGAUAAAUAUCAACCGCCUCUUUAACGAAUUCAGAUUCCUAAACGAACAAGGAUUAAUCCCAAUAUAUAUAUAUGGAGAUUAGAAAACAUUAUUUAGCACAUAUAUAUCUACAUAAUCCGUUGCCUUGUUGAUCAAGAAGACUCAACAAAAAGAAAAACAACCUACCUCACGUUUCUACUCUUUUAGAUUCCCUCUGAAACCAUGGCGGGCGGAUACGGACCUCCGAUCUAUCCUCAAGCACAAACCUACCACAGCCAAGCCCGACACGGCGGCGAAGUAGGUUGCAGCAUCUGUCGCUGCUUCUUAAACUGUCUCGGUUGCUGCGGCGGUUGCAUCUUAAGCAUCGUCUGCAACAUCCUCAUCGGUAUAGCCGUUUGCCUCGGAGUCGUCGCUCUGAUCCUCUGGUUCAUACUCCGACCCAACGUCGUGAAGUUCCAAGUCACGGAAGCUAAUUUGACGAGAUUCGAUCUCGAACCACAUAGCAAUAACCUCCGCUACAACCUCUCGUUGAGUUUCUCGGUUCGCAACCCUAAUCAACGUCUCGGGAUACAUUACGAUCGGUCAGAGGCGAGGGGUUAUUACGGCGACCAGCGUUUUGCUGCGGUGGAUAUGAAGUCGUUUUACCAGGGACGUAAGAGUACGAAGGAGAUUGGGACGGAGUUGAACGGAGAGAGUUUGGUUUUGCUAGGUUCCGGUGGCCGGAAGGAUCUCAGGGAGGAUAGGAAGUCUGGGGUUUACAGGAUCGACGUGAAGCUGAGGUUUAAGAUCAGGUUUAAGUUUGGGUUUUUGAACUCGUGGGCCUUUAAGCCCAAGAUUAAGUGUCAUCUCAAGGUUCCGUUGGGUUCCUCUGGUUCCAAGGGAGGGUUCCAGUUUCAUCCUACCAAGUGCCACGUUGACCUCUAAAACAAUUUCAGCAUUUGUUUUUCUACUUUUUUCUUUUUCUUCAUAUGUUUGUUUUUUUCCUUUUUAGUUUGCAGUUUCCAGUAUAUACAAGUUUUAGUUUAGCUGUGUUUCUUUACUAUGACUAUUCUACUUUUUUGUUGAGAAAAUUACUUCUUAGCUUUGAUAGUUUUAUUUGUAUUCAUUUGGCUUUGUCCUUUGCUUACUUCAUAUGUAUCAAGAUAUUUCAAACAAUCUUGGGUUAGUAUCUUGGUGUUAUAUCUUCCAAGCAGUACUUACUUGAUUUCAUUGUUUUCCUUCUAUAGUCCUUGUUAUAUUCACUAGAAAGUAGAAACAUUGUCAGUAGUUAGCCACAUUGUAUUGGGAAAUUAUCUCAGACUUUCCAAACCAUAAGUUGAAUACGUCUAUCAUCAUGUGAACUACUAUGCCAUUGGUAUUACCUCAGACAAACCAACUCCAACAGGAAUCUUUUUAGAAGUUAGUCAAAAGAAACAUCAAUGUCAUUUGUUUCAGGUUGAUGCGAUAUCCUGAAUAAACUAAUUACAUAUUUUUAUAUAUUAAAACAAACGUCGUGACUUCUUUCAUGUGUCAUUUUUUAAAAAAUGGACCCUCACUAGAAAUCACUUAUCAUCUUCUCUAUAGAAUUUUUUACAUCUAGAGACACUUUCUCACAUUCCAAUUACACUACAAGACACUUAUCACUUGAGACACACUUUAUUUUGUCAAAAAGUCUCUUAUGACCCUAAACUAAAAAAAUCUCUCUCCUCUUCUUAUUUCAUUUUAUUAUUUUUCUUAUUCUACUUUGCGUAUUUAUUUACUUUUAUCUCAAGUUCAAAAAUAUAUUAAACAAAAAUAAUUGUCAUAAUAAACUAUAUAUAAAAUUAUCUAUCUUUUAAGAUCCAUGUUCGUAUAUAUAUUAUAUAUAUUAAUGUGUAAACAAAAUGUGGACGUGGACAUCAAAACGUGGAUAACAGAAUUAUAAAUUAAUUAUGGACAUGAACAUCUUAACAGAAUUAUAAACUAGUUGUGGAGAUGAACAAUAUUCUUUCGAUUCCAUUCAUCAUCUCGGGAUCUAAAUUCAACUCUAAUCAAAAUUACAUUCAUCCACAUCAUGACAAAUGACAAAUUCCUUAGAUCAGAAAUCUCUGACAUACAAGAUCUAUUACUCUUCGACAAAAGGUAAACACUUCUUCGAUUUUUCUCACCGCUCAUACUCACAAUAUCAUAUCUUUCUCAUCUUGAUUGAAGUUUAAUUGCAGAUAAUUUAUCAAUUGAGCUGAAGAAGCCAAGUGUUUGUAUUAGAGAUAACAGAGUCCGUGUCCACGUUUUAUGGUAUAAUUUUAGUAACAUGAGUCCAUGUCCACGUAUUGUUGUAUAGUUUUAUGGAAUCAAAACAGAGAGUUUGUCCACGUUAUCUACUAUAAACACAUUAACAUUACAUAUCUACACGUUACUCAUCACUCAUCCACACAUCCACAAAUCACCCAACCACACAUCACUCGUCCACAAAUCACCCAUCCACAAGUGUCAUUUCCAUUAAGGGCAAAAUUGUCCACAAUCUGUUGAUGGCCCACAACAAAGUGUGUCACAUGUAAGAAGUGUAUCUGGAUGUAAUAGAAAGUCAAAAAGUGUCUCUUAGUGUAAUCAACUCUAUAUUAAAACAGAAGUCACAACCUCGAUUCAUGUGUGAUUUUUUUUAAAAAAUUGACUCUCACUAGAAAUCACUUAUCAUUCAUUUAUUACUAAUAAUAUGAAUUAAUAAUAUAUCAUUCCUAAUAGAACAUCGACUCCUAAAAACCCGGAUUGGUUUACAAAC